CGUCUAUAUACUCACUUCCUGGUUUGAUCGCGAAUGUAAACAAAUGGCGAGUGACUUGAGAAAUUGUGCUUUAUAUAAAUAGUUACUACUUAAUAAUCGGCAGGAUUUUUGUCAUACCAGCAUGUAGAUAAAGUUAACGUUACUUUGUAUAUUCUACAAAACCACUGACAUAUUGCCAAUCUAUAUAUUUUAUUAUCGUAGACAAUCCUUUUAUUUCUGGACUUACUCCGUGUACCUGUAAUUGUAUUACUGUGCAAUUUUUGGAAAUGAAACACCAUAUAACUUUAACGUUGGUUCUUCAAUUGGCAGUGCUUGUGUUGUGUGACUUUUUCGCCGAUCUUGAUAAACUUGACAUUGACUCGAAACUGCAAGAGAUAGAUCGCGUAUUGGCUGCAAUAGAUCGGGAUGAGGAUGUAGACCUGGACAAGAAGGGUAGUGGUAAAGCGGGUGGAGAGAAGAAUGUGGGUGGGGAGGAUUCGGAUGUUGGGGACGCGCUAGAUGCCCUUUCCAGUCUUCUAGGGGGCAAGGCUGAGUGCAAAUUCACCUGUCCCAAUGGAGAUGUACCUAAACCUCGACCAGGCCACCGACCUUCGUCAAAUGGAUGCGGCUCGUACGGAAUUCAGAUUGACGUUGACGAGAUACCCGGUGGGACGAAAUGUUGUGACGUGCACGAUAAGUGUUAUGACACGUGCAACAAUGACCGGGCCACGUGCGAUAAAAAGUUCAAAGAGUGCCUUUACGACUCCUGCAAGGGUCUCAGAAAAACGGGGAAAAUUUCCUUUAAAGACUGCAAGGCAGCGUCUGACAUUAUGUACAGUGGCGCGAACACGUUCGGAUGCGGUUCAUACCGCGAGGCCCAGCAGAAGGCUUGCACGUGCCAGCCACGUGACAACAGGUCUGCACAGAAUACGGCAAACAAGCAGACGACAGCUAAGAAAUCGAAAGAUAGUGCGAGCGUCAAAUCAAAGAUUGAGAAAGAUACCAAAAAGUCUGCGACAAAAAGACAACCUACUCGAAAGGAAAAAUUAAAAGAUGAAUUAUGAAAUGUGUUCGCAGGUGACCAAUCAAACAUUAAUGAAUAGUAGUUUGAUAUGGAAAUAACACGUGUAACCAUUUCCCGUGCAUCGUCGGAAACCUAUGGCGGCGAUCCCUUCCGUUACGCUUAGCACGUACUGUGGGUAUCCGACGAUAUUUGCUGUGAUAAAUAUCCGCUUAUCUAGUACAUACUUUAGUAAUAUAUAAAUGUGGAUCGUCUUUCUUUAUCUUCCUUAAAUACAUGUAUUUUCACUCCACAAGUGUUUUCCUUGUUCAUACAUGUACUUUCUCUUUAAUACGAGGACUCGGACUUGAAAUACUUGCAUACAAGAACGGCGAUUAUUUAAAGUUUAGUUGUUCAGUGUUGUAUUCUACAUAACCGUACAAAUACGUGUUGUGUUCAGUUUUGUUUUUUAAGCUUGUUGGUACCCGUUCAUUGGGAUGCACGAUGGAAUGAAUUUAAACGAAAGUCUAUAGCCAUUAUGUACAACUGAACUUGCAGGCUUGUGGGGCUUGCGGGUUGGGGUGAUUCACUUGAUCUUUUUUGUGAAAGUAUCAUUGUUUGUACAUAAUUAUAUUAUAUUGUUAUUAUAUAUAAAUGUAUAUAUAUUGGUUAGGGUGCUUCUCUUGUUAUAUGUGUGAUAUUAAAGUAUUAUUAAACAUAUAUAUAUACAUG